UACUGAUGUUCCGCGAAGUACCCAAUGCAACCACUGCACUGCUGGACAUGCUGCUGCAUUGCUGCUACUGCAACGACACGUUCACCUUGUCCGUCAUGAUGAUGAUCCACGGUCAGGUGUCCUCGGCGCCCACCAAUGAGCUGAAGCACAUCUUGAUUCUCCUCCUGGAGCUGUUGAUGAUGGAGGACCCCCUGCAGGGCAAGCGCCUCAAGCUAGCCGUGGAAGGCAACAACAACAACGGCCUCUUGGAGAUCAUCCGUAAAUGUACUUCCACGGACAGCCGUCGGUCCUACCAGUGCAUCAAAUUCCUGGUCCAUCUGUCCAACAAAUGCUCCAUGGCCAAAGAGUAUUUGAUGACCAUCUCGGUCCGGUGGCAGUGGGCGGUCAACUGGCUCAAGAAAAAGAUGAGUGAGCACUACUGGACGCCUCAGAACGUCUCCAACGAAUCCAGCACGGGACGGUCCUUCCAACGCACCAUGAGCGCUCAGGACACGCUGGCCGAAGCCACCGCGCUGUUGGAUGAGCUCAACACCCGUGACGACGACGGUGAACACAUCGAGAACGACGAAGAGGAGGAGGAGUACGUCGAGGGUGACUCCAACACCAAGAUGGAGGUCAACGGGUCGUCGGAGGGGUCAGAGGUCAACGGGAAUGAAGACAGCUCAGAGUCUUCCAAGACGCUGGUCCAGGAUGACGUAGGCGACUUGGACGACAUUGAUACAUAACGGCAUAUUUUUUUUUCUGUUUCAGAAUUUGUAGCCAAUAGAAGAUGGUUCCUUACUCCUGGGGUCAUAAGUCAGAGGUCAUCACAGGUCAGGUCGUAGGAAACCAAGGGCCAGGUUGCAUAUUUUUUUUUUGCUGUCACAUCGUUUUUUAAC